AUGACUAAACAGGAUGACUACUGUACUGAAACUGUAUGCAGUGAUGACUACAGGUGUACUGCUGAAACUGUGAACAGUGAUGACUACAGGUGUACUGCUGAAACUGUAUGCAGUGAUGACUACAGGUGUACUGAUGAAACUGUGAACAGUGAUGACUACAGGUGUACUGCUGAAACUGUAUGCAGUGAUGACUACAGGUGUACUGCUGAAACUGUAUGCAGUGAUGACUACAGGUGUACUGACGAAACUGUGAACAGUGAUGACUACAGGUGUACUGCUGAAACUGUAUGCAGUGAUGACUACAGGUGUACUGAUGAAACUGUGAACAGUGAUGACUACAGGUGUACUGCUGAAACUGUAUGCAGUGAUGACUGCAGGUGUACUGAUGAAACUGUGAACAGUGAUGACUACAGGUGUACUGCUGAAACUGUAUGCAGUGAUGACUGCAGGUGUACUGAUGAAACUGUGAACAGUGAUGACUACAGGUGUACUGCUGAAACUGUAUGCAGUGAUGACUACAGGUGUACUGCUGAAACUGUAUGCAGUGAUGACUACAGGUGUACUGCUGAAACUGUAUGCAGUGAUGACUACAGGUGA